GACAACUUCUGCUUGAUGACGUCACUGCAGAGCCCCGCUAACGUGGAGACCCCCACUGACAUGAUGCCCAAAAAGGACCAUGAGCGGGACGUGGAGCUGGACACGAAGAUCGAGGCUCUCCGUCGGAAGAACGAAGCGCUCAUGAGGAGGCACAAGGAAGUGGAGGAGGACAGGAAGAGGGCAGAAGAAGAAGGAAUGGCGCUACUCAACCGCAAGGGCAAAGCCGAAGAUCUUACCAUCACGAUCAGCAAGUCCACCAACGACAGUCGGGUGGUGGUCACGAAGCCGCUCAGCGGCGAUUCACCGGCCGCAAGGGGACAGCAGGAGGCCGGGCCCGACAGAGGGGGGGAAGGCCCUCCGCGGGCCGUUGCCCGGGGCCACAGGAAGCAGCUCACGGUCACCAUGGCUGGCAAGAAGGACGGGCUUCUACGCGGGCAGCAGCACACCGAGGACCAUCACAGGCUUUCAGAGCAGAGCCAGGAGCCCGAGAGGCUGCAGGCGAGCACAGACCUCAACAUCCCCACGUCGAAGGAGGAGCAGGUGGAGUACGUGCGGUGGAAGAAGGAGCGCGAGCAGAUCGACAGGGAGAGAGUGGCCCGCCACAAAAACGCCAAGGGCCAGUGGAAACGGGCGUGGGACAUGGACAAAACCGAGAACAUGUCGUUGGACAAGUCCCUCCCUGACAGAGACCGGGCCGCGCUCGGCAGAGGUGGACGGAGUUCUAGACGAGGACAAUCCCGAGCAGGUCACGAGAAGCGAGGCAGAGACAAGGGAGUCAGAGACGUGCUGGUGAUGAGCAGCAAAGCGAAAGGCAUAGAUCGUCUGACCGGGAGAGCCAGGAGAUGGCAUGAAAAUGAGGAUGAAGAGAACCGACAGUCUACUGACACGACAUUAGAAGAGUUCUCGGAGGUACUCGGCGCUCUCACAGAUGGCGAAGUAGACGCUCAGAAAGAUGAGGAGGCGAAAUUGAAGCCGUCGAACAGCCCAAUUUCAGUGAGAGCACCCGGGGAAGUGAUUGAAUCCGUAGCCGGCGCUGAGGGGACGGCCGAGGCCUCGUCCCCGCUGCGUUCGGAGAGGAAAGUACGCUUCUCCGAGGGUCUCAUCCAGGGGGGCCACAAAAAGCAAACCACAGGCUCUCAGGACCCUGAAUCAAGAAGUGUCGAGUCCUUCAAAGCGCCCUCACCUGAAAAACAACAGCACGCGGCUCCGAGGCCACAGCAGCUUCCGGAAAGUGCCGGCGAGGAAGACGCGAGCCCUCGGGAUCAGGGAGGCGGUCCGUCCGCUCCUCCUGUUGCCCGGCAGCCGGCUUCUGGAAGUGAAUGUGUUAAAAACGACAGCUCGCUCCCCGCCGCUCCUCGCUGCUCUCCAAAGCAGAGCUGUGUCCCGCCUGCACAGCUCGCCAAGUGCAACACCAGCAACACAAACGCAGGGGAACUAAUAGACUCCGGCUCGUCGGGUUCGGGAGAAACGCACCCAACACACUCCACCAGCAACGACAAGGCGAGAGAGCAUGGGAUGGAAGCAUGGGAGGAUUGUUUGACAUUUUCUGGAUGUAAAUACUGAAACCAAAUCACAGCAACGCCGAGCCUUUGCCUUUUUGUAUUUGCAUUUUGCUUCAGGUUCCUCAUUUGAGUGACCCUGUUUGUGGCGUACACACAAAUCCAUGGUUUCAUUUUACUAUGGCGCCUCCCACAUGUGGACGUUUUUUUCAAAAACCUUCUAAAAUUUGAUGAAGAAAUGGUGAAAGUUUUUCCUGCUCAAAUAUUUUGUUACAUCCAAGCACUUUAUAAGUAUAACGUUAUGUGUACUUACACAUUCAACAUGUCAGUACGCUGCUUCAGUGCAAUAUCAUUCAAUGUUUACAUGUGUAUGAAAAAGUCAAGGUACAUUUCAAGAGGCCACCUAAUCAGCUACACUCAGGUAGCCCUUGAAAAUAAACCAGCCGCAGUCACAUUAUCCAGUGCCUGAUUCUGCCUCAGAGGCAUUUUCAAUAAGUGAAGGCUGUGUUAUGUGUUGACCUACACUGCAUUUGUAGACAUAAAAGCCGUGUGAUUCAAGUGCAUUUGCUUGCUUGCAGCAUUAGUUAUUGGCCUUUAACCGAUCGGAAAGCCCCACACUAUUUCGGGGGAAAUCUGAGAGGUAUUGUGUUAUUGGCCAUUGACCAGUUAAGGUUAGGUUGUUAAUUACCUACAGUAUUACUACGCACAUUAACGUGUUUUCAUUAUUGUAGUUAUUAAGAAUGUUUAAAGUGGGUUCUGUCGGUUAUACACACUAAGCUCCUUGGUUCUGAAGGAGCUUCUGCUAGUCUGAAAAAUAAACCCAGAUGAUGUCACCAUGAUUCAUCAAGAUUAUCCCAAUUUGGAAUCCACUAAUUUAACAGAAUGCUUAGGAGAGUACGGGGAUUGUGUUCUAAGGAAUAUUUACCAAGGUUGAUUUUUGGCAUUGGAGCAUUGGAGGUUUGAUCCAAUCUUAAGACAUUAUUAUUAUUAUUGUUGUUCUAAGUUCUACAGCUGAAUCCCAACUAUCUGGUUUUCCUUAUUUACUGUAUAGCUUUCAAGGCAAGAUGUAGUGUGUGUCUAUCAUUUAAAACCAUGAACAAUGGACAACUGAAACUUGAAAGUCGACAAUUGUGAAUCAAAAAAAAUGUGCAAACUAAAAUAUUGUUUUCUGUAAUCGCUCACAGUUUUAAACAGAAAGUUGAGGAUUUUGGCGCCUGUGGGACCGACAGACUUUGGUCCACAGUCAAAACACUGGGAUUCAGCUGCCAUUCCCUUUUUUGGAAUUGUUUUGUAAUUUGUUCUCUUUCAUGAUCAUAAAAGACACCAAUAUAUUUUUUAAGCUGAGAAGCUUCAAGCAUUUAGCCAGUUGUUGUUUAUUGGCUUCUUCAAAUACCGACGGUGUUCCUUUUAUUUCAUGUCCUGUACCAUAACAUACCUUAGUGUUACAUGUACUGUAUAAACCACUUUGCACCAACA